ACACCCCGCACCAUGACGUCGCCGAGGGAGUGGUGGCGCCGAGCGGCGGCGGCCGCGAAGGAUAAGGGCAGCCUAUGCAUGACGAGAAUGGCCAGCGUCCGGCACCACCACUACUGCCCCCGCCGUGGUGGGCGGGAGGUGGAUGCGACGGUGAUCCGGGCCACGAGCCACGACGAGCGGUCGGUUGAUUACAAGAGCGCGGGACGCGUCUACGCGUGGGCGCGCGCCGCCCCGACGUCGUUCCUCGACCCGCUCAUGUGGUCCCUGGCCCACCGUGCCGCCCGCACCCAUUCCUGGGCCGUCGCCCUCAAGUCGCUCCUCCUCGCCCACGGUCUCCUCCUCUGCUCCGAGGACGCGCCGCCCUCCGCCCGCCUUGGCCGCCUCCCCUUCGACCUCUCCGACUUCCGCGACCGCUCCUCCUCGUCCGGCUUCUCCGCCUUCAUCCGCGCCUACUUCCGCUUCCUCGACCACCGCUCCCUCUUCUCCGCCCACAACAAGCCCGUCAAAGACGCCACCCUUACGACCAGCCCAGCCGCGAAACCAGGGGACGAGGAGGACACCGAGUCGGACGCUGACCUCGCUGAGCUCGAGCGCCUCCAGACCCUCCUCGACCUCUUGUUGCAAGUCCGGCCGUACGCUGACGGCAUGGGGGUGGGGCUCGUCCUCGAGGCCAUGGACUGCGUCAUGAUCGAAAUCUUGGAGGUCUACAGCAGCAUCUGCAACGGAGUUGCUCACUUCCUCGUCGACAUCCUCGGCCACGACUCUUCCAAACCCGUUCAUAAUCGACAAUCGGAAGCAAGGAGACGGAGAGGAGAGAUCGGAAUGAGGGUGCUUAGGCGAGCAUCGGCGCAAAGCUCGCAGCUUUCCGCUUACCUCGAUCUCUGCCGCACCCUCGGUGUCAUCAGCCCGGCGGAGAUCGCCGCGGUGCAGAGCAUCCCCGACGAGGACAUCGCCGACCUCGAGAAACUGCUGCUCGGCGGCGUUCCGAAGGAGGAACAGGAGGAGAAGGACCUCGGAAGGGCAGAAAGCCGUUACGGGACGGUGAUCACCGAGCGGUGGGUGGUCUUCGACGAAGAGGAAGAGGGGCAUUCCGGGAAUCCCAUCCUUAGCCAACGUCCGGAGAGAUCGCGGCCGUCGUCUUCGUGGGUCCCAACAGAGGACAACGGCCGCGCCGUUGUACUGUUGUGGAAUACCAAUUUGAUCUGACUCAUAUGCCCUCCAACUUCCCAUAGAACGACACGUAUGCCAUUGUUCUCUUUUCCUUUUGUUUCUCCCUCCUUUUAUUUAGCUUCUUCGCAUUAUGUUUGAUGGUGGUGAUUUACUGAAUCUGUAUUUGGACGUCAUGAAAGGAGGAUUAUAUUAGUUAAUAAUCUUCUAA